AUGGCCUUGAAUCAGAACCAAAAACCUCCAUCAGGGGCAUACAUUCAUACAGUACGAGAGUCAGCCCGUAGUGCACGAGAACGGGCCAACAUCACUAUCACAGACGAGGGGAUACAGCGCCUCCUCCUCUCUCCCGCCUUUACGCUGACCUUUCCCCGCCUUCGCACCGCACACGGGUAUGCCCUGCCGCUCGCCUUCCCCUCCCCCGCCGCGGAGCUCAACGUCCUCGCCAUUCUCUCACUGCUCAACUUCGGCUCAGGCUACCGCGUCCCGCUUCAUGCUGCGACGGGCCGCGGUGCAUUUGACACGAUACGUGCGUUCAUCUUCGGGAUGUACAUCUCUUCCGACGCGGGGGAGAAUUACUUGACGGCGAGAGGGAUGAGCAAUAUCAGCACGCAGACGGUCGCGGAGCUACUUGGCGUGGCGGGCAAGAUACACGUGGAGAAGGCGCACGAAAGCAUCCCGGGCCUGAUGGUAGGCGAGCUGGGCGGAGAGGUGUGGGAGCUUGUGAGACUAGUGACGCGGGUGAUGAACGAGACGGGCGAAGUGCUCGUCGAGGGGGGAUAUCCUGACUUGGGAGCGUUCGUCCUUGAGGCGCUGAGAGAGGGAAAGAAGGCGAAGGAUGAGGAGACAUCUUGCGAUGUUGUCCUCGAGCGGCUCGUGCGCGGCAUCCCCGCUUUCCGGGACAUAGCCAUUGUAGAAGGAAAUCCGAUAUACUGCUUCAAGAAGGCUCUCCUCACAAUACACUCGAUCGCGCGACGCUUCGGAAUCUCAAACUCAGGAUCCUCUAUCCCCGUCCCACCGGGUACAGAGAGGCUCCCCAUCUUCGUCGACAACGUCAUUCCGUCGCUGCUCGUUCACCUCGGCGUCCUUGACUUGUCGACUUCCACGCCGUCAUUAGGCCUCGCGAAAAUCUUCCCUGACGCUGGAACCCCUGAGAAGCUCUCCUCGUUACUCGCAGAGGCGGCAAACACUAGUGAUCCCAAGACUGCGCGCGACCGCACGAAGGAGCCCCCCGAGGAAGGGCCGGUGCUCACCGUAGAGCAGGCAUACGUCCUUCGGGCGGCGGCAAUCGACGCGUGCGAACGAAUCGUGAAGGUUGCGAGGACGUUGGACACCAACGGGCGGGAGGACCUGGUAUGGAUGAAGGAGAUCACACCUCCAGAGGUGGACGCGUGGUUGUGGGCGGUUGCGAAGGAUCGGCCGGACUAUAGGAAACUGACGCGGUUUGUACUGAGGGAUACCCCGUUCUUCUGA